AUGGAGAAAUCUUCUCCUUUUUGGGAGGAAUUGAAGGAAUGGGAUCAGUGCCUUUUGAUGCUCGGCGAUGCUAAGGUUGAUGAAGAUGGUAAUGUGUAUGAUGCUAAAGAUGGUAACGUGAUUUACUUUGAUAAAGAUGGAGAGGACCGAGAGAUAAAUGGGAUGUAUUUUGCUUAUUUCACCUAUUUUUCUUGUUCAAGUAAUCAUCUGUCAUCUGCAUCAGUGGUGUAUAAAGCUGCUAUCAAGGCUGAUCCUCCGUGCUAUGAGGCUUUGGAAUGCCUUAUUGAAAGUCAUAUGCUUAUAUCUGAAGAAGUUCUUCGUGUCCAGUAUGACAAGGAGAGCACAGUAGAAGCUAAGUUCAAGAAGCUUGAGAACGAAACUAAUGGGAGUGUCUCUGGCUCAUCUAUGAUCAGUACAUUGGUUAAUAACACUGAUCUGUUGGCCUACAAAGCUGAACUCCUUGAGAAAGAUCCUUUUCAUCUGAAGUGUACCUUGGUACAUUUGGCCGCUGCCAUGGAACUUGAAUUCUUCUGGCUGAUGCUUUGUGGGUGUAUACUCAUUCAUGGUUUGCGGUGGGUUGUUACUACUAUUGUAUCAAAAAGUAUGGUGAAGCUCGGCGGUACUUUAGCAACGAGUAUGGAUGGCUCAUUCUCAGCAGCUUGGAUAGGCUUUGGUAAUUCCUUUGCCGCCCAAGAGGAGGGUGACCAAGCCAUGUCUGCCUAUCGUACUGCCGCUAGGCUAUUUCCAGGGUUGAAUCUUGAUAUUAUCUUGUUCCAGGUGUCAUUUGCCAACUCUGUACAUUGGAAUGGAGUAUAUGCGAACUCACAGCUACAAGCUUGCGGAACAGUUUUUCAUGCAAGCUUUUAUGCCCACUUGUUUAUAAUGAACUCGGAGUAUGGUAAAGCUGUGCGGUGGUUUAAGAAGACGUUGGCUCAUAUACCAUCUGCAUUAACUGAAAUCUGGGAACCUACUGUGGUCAAUCUCGCUCAUGCAUAUAGAAAGCUAAGGAAGGACCGUGAAGCUAUCUCGUAUUAUGAAAGAGCACUAACACUAUCAACUAAAAGCUUAAGCACUUAUUCCGGCAUGGCUUACACUUACCAUCUGCAGGGGAAUUUCUCAGCUGCCAUCUCAUAUUGUCACAAGGCCUUAUUAUUGAAACCUGAUGAUCAAUUCUGUACCGAAAUGUUGAACGUGGCUCUCAUGGAUGAAUGUCAAAAUGGGGUUGAUUCAAAGGUUGAGUUCUGCUGA